AUGCGAGGGCAAGAUGGGACCAUCUCCUUGCUGAUUGCCGUGCCGUUGACCAAGAACAAUGAAACUGUGGUAGAUCCAGGUUUCUUCCAUCUAGCAGCAGCCCGCCUGGCUGUGGACCAUUUUAACUCGAGAAAUGCAUCAGUAGUCCAAGCUCUACCUGAAUUGACCAAGCAUUGCCCCAUCACUUUCGGUCAUGUCCAGGCUGUGGAUACGGGCACCAACACCCAUGGGGCUACGGAAGCGGCGGUGCGGGGCCUCCGACACGCAGAACCUCCGGACUCCAUUGUUGGGCCCUACAAUGAAAUUCCCAUGCUGGAGAUGAGUGUUUUGGCUACGGGGAUGCAAACCCCAAUGGUUGCUCCCAGGAUCGUGGACACGAAUCUGUUGCAGGAAGAUAGACACCCUUACUUUAACCAGCUCGGUGCUGAUGCUUUCAGUGAAAUGAACCUGGUGGCAAAGUAUCUCAAGCACCUCGGGCGAAACAAUUAUGUGGCAAUCGUCUACGACUAUGCAAACAGUGCCGUCCAAAAGGUUGAUAUUCUAAGGGUGGUGUUUGAAGACAUGGGGUUCGAUCAGGUCCAGACUUUCCCCUAUACAUUCUAUUUCGACAAAAAGCUGGAGGCUGAUAAAGCUCGAGGAGGGCGCGGUCCCCCCGAGUCCUUGGAUCUUCGACUGGUUCUACGGAAGGUGAAGGACACAGGGUACAGGACUAUUGUCCUCAUGCCAUCCCGAUUGGACAAAGAAGCAGCAUUGGUCGGACCAGUGGCUACUGAGUUGGGUCUUGAUCAAGGAGAUCACCUUUGGUUGAUUUCAGGUGGUGUCGACAUGCUCAGUGCAAUGGAAGUGAAUCGCUUUCUGCAGAACGACACUGACCGGGUCGGGGCUCGUUUUCUCAAAGGAGCCACGCAUGUGUUCCCAUAUGACGGAUACGAACUGAACCCCGAGUCUGACUUUCGAGCUCAUAUUUGCAAUCAUGAUACUACCUUUCUGCAAAGAGUGCAAGAGCUCAACCCCGUACCAGGAUACUACGAGAAGGAACUGCAGCACGUUGUGGUUUCCAACACCACGGACAGCUCUCCCUUUGUACAACUGGCGGUAGAGCACACUUCCUAUCUUUCAGGCGUUAGUUUCAUGUACGACGCCGUGAUGAGUCUUGGGCUCGGGGCCUGCAACGCAUUGAAGAAGACCCAUCAAAACAUUACAAACGAAACCACCGCGUUCACAGGGCGAGAACAUCUUGCUGGAAUCCAUGUAUUGGACUUCUUAGGUGCCUCUGGACGAGUCAAGCUUGGCAGCGACCUUGGCUACCCAGGGAGUCGCCAGGGCGACACGGUGCCGUAUACCAUUGCCAAUUUCGUUCCAUCGCCAAACGGCACUGGUCUUGUGAUACGGCAGGCAGAAAUAAUCAACCCCUUGUCUGGGGAAUGGGUACAAGUGAACCCGUACUUGUUCGCAGAUGGAUCGUCCAAUCCGCCAGAACUUUUGAGGGCCACACCGGACCAAAACUAUAUCUCCACUCCAGUUCGAGCAAUUGGCAUGACUCUCUUUGCUGUUGCCUUGACGAUUAUCCUGGUCGCGUCUGUGUGGGUUGUCACGAACCGGGGACACAGCGUGAUUGUCGCAGCGCAACCUUGCUUCCUCUAUGUCAUUUGCUUUUCCUGUUUUAUAAUUUGCUUUUGCAUCCUCUUGUCCGCGUUUGAUGAAAGUUGGGGAUUUGACGAGCAAUCCUUGACAAAGGUAUGCGUCUUGUCGAAUUGGAUCGAUUUUGGUUUUGGAAUGCUUUGCUACUGUGCAGUGUUCACAAAGUUAUGGCGUGCAGACCUCUGCCUUCGCCGUAAAACUCAUCAAAUCGAAUUAUGGAGAACGCUGUGGCCCCCAGCACUGUUGUUGCUAGCUACCAUCAGCAUUUUGUCUGCUGGCACGGCAAACGGCGAUUUCGCUUGGGUUAGGUGGGAGGUUGAUGAAGUGACAGGCGCAAGCGUUGCGAGAUGCGACGGGGGAUCAGGCAACAUCUACGGCGCAGUAAUCAGCGUCACGUUGUACAUGAUUCCAAUUGUCCUGUCUGGGAUUAUGGCAUGGAAGACACUUGGCAUUGACCAGACAUAUUCCGAAAAGGGGGUCUUUGCUGUGAUCCUUCUUCAUUUCCAGGGCAUGGUUGUCAUGGUUCCUCUUGCUAUCAUUCUCCAAGGAGCAUAUCCCAGCGCCCAGUAUAUGAUCAAUUCCAUAUUCUAUUUUACGUUUACAACGAGUUUCAUGGGUCUGAUCAUCCUUCCAAAGUAUCUUUUGGUUCGGCGCAUGACCAAACGUGCAAUUCAAGCCGAAGCAUCGACGGAUUCCCCGGCUUCAAAUGAAGUUUCAAAUGAGGUUGGAAGGAGUGGUGAUGCUACAACCAACGCCAAUGCUACCGGAUCUGCAAGUGGAACUCCUCAGCAGCCGUCGUUGGGAUCUGGCCCCAGAAUACAAAUCGUGACUUUUGACUGA